AGAAAUUUGUGUUGCCAGCUAAAGGGCCACGUCUUCACCUCUUAACCAAUAGAUACCCCGAGUGGUAAUUAUGCAAUCUUACACUCCAAAUCAGAAAACAAGCUUCCAAAACACACACAAUAUGACUUCCUCUCCGCCUCACAUUUAAAUAUUCUCUCUUCUCUACUGCCUAGCUCUCCAUUUAUAUAUAGAGAGAGAGAUAGUGUGUUCCUGCUUCAAAAUAUUGACAUUGAAGAAAUAGAGAUACAAGAUAUAUAUAUAUAUAUAUGGGAUUUAAGGCACUUGGUCUGCUUCUUCCUCCAACACCCACUGCACACACAUAUUCACACUACAAUUUUAACUGCAGAGGAAGAAGCUCAUCAAAAGUGUGCGCCAAGAAAGAGAAUGUGGAAGAAGAACCCAUACCCAAGAGGAAACAAUCCCUAUUUGAGAGUGUGACAGAAGCCCUAGAUUUCUCCCAGGUUAGGUCAGCUCGUGAUGCCGAGCUGCUCGAUGAAGCUAGAGAAGCCACCAAAUCCGGAGAUAAGAUGUCAAGGGAGCAGUAUGGAGCUCUGAGGAGGAAGAUCGGGGGAACUUACAAGGAUUUCUUCAAAUCAUAUGUUGAUGUGGAUGGAGAUUACGUGGAGGAGGGAUGGGUGGACAAGACGUGCAAAGUGUGCAAGAAAGACACCAAAGGUGAGGCGAGGCAAGUCGACAAGUUAGGGAGAUAUGUGCAUGUUGCAUGCUUGCAGAAACCUUCUUCUUCUGGAAACUUCUUCACUAAACUCUUCUCCAAAUAAUCAAAUUAUUCAUUCAUACAACCCAAUCUUCUAUAUUCAUCUUUAUUUUUCUAUUCAUUUUUCGAUUUUGCUUAUGCCAGGAUAUAAUAUACAAUGCAAUAUUCUGCCCA